GGCGGCGCCGCGGUGCGGCCCGUUGAUGUGAGGCGCGGCUCGGCGGCGGGGCGCGGAUGGCGGCGGGGGCCGGCGCGGCGGCCGGGGGCCGCAGCUUCUCCUUCAAGGUGGUGCUGCUCGGGGAGGGCUGCGUGGGCAAAACCUCGCUGGUGCUGCGCUACUGCGAGAACAAGUUCAACGAUAAGCACAUCACCACCCUGCAGGCAUCUUUUCUUACGAAGAAGCUAAAUAUUGGUGGAAAAAGAGUAAACCUUGCAAUAUGGGAUACAGCUGGUCAAGAAAGAUUUCAUGCAUUGGGGCCUAUCUACUACAGGGACUCUAAUGGCGCUAUUCUAGUAUAUGAUAUAACAGAUGAAGACUCUUUUCAAAAGGUAAAAAACUGGGUUAAGGAAUUAAGAAAAAUGUUGGGAAAUGAAAUCUGUUUAUGUAUAGUAGGUAACAAAAUAGACUUGGAAAAAGAGAGACAUGUUUCAGUGCAAGAAGCAGAAAUGUAUGCCGAAUCUGUUGGAGCAAAACAUUAUCAUACAUCAGCUAAACAGAACAAAGGAAUUGAAGAACUGUUUCUUGACCUUUGCAAAAGAAUGAUAGAAACUGCUCAAGUGGAUGAAAGAGCAAGAGGCAAUGGCUCCAGUCAGUCAGGAAUAGCAAGGCGAGGUGUACAGAUCAUUGAUGAUGAACCACAAGUACAGAGCAGCGGAGGGUGCUGUUCUUCUGGAUAAUUAUAAAACUGUGCAUCACUGCCCUCUCAAUAUGAAGACUGCCAUAUUCCAAGUCACACAUUCUUUACCAAUGGAGUAAUAGAAUUAACAGUAUUUAAAAAUAAUCACAUGUAACACUGCAGAGACCUUAAGUGCUAAACUAGUGGCGUCUGUGACCAGAGAAUUGGCGUUUUCUACAGUGGUUAACAAAGCAAUUACCAAUGGCCUUUUUACAUAUUUUUCUUUAAUGAGGAAUAAUAUGCAUGUAGAAAAGACCUACUUAAAGGCUUCAUUUAUAUUCUUUUAAAUCAGAUCAUUAUUUAAUAACUUAUAUACAUUGUUGUUGGAAUGGUAUACGUUUUUGCAGCUCUUUGUACUUUGUGGUAGAUGGAAUUGUAUCACUUCUAAAAUGCAAAUUGAUUUUUUUUUAAAUUAGCAGAUAUCUGAAUUAAUAUUUUUGCAGGGCCUCUACAAGCCUAUAACUCAACUACUUUGAUAUAUUCUGUUCAUCUGUAUGCCAAGCUGAUAAAAUACAUUGUAAAUUACAUAUUAAAUAUUUUAUCUGCUUUUACAGUUGCAGGUGCAGAAAUAUGUACAUCAGUCUUGUCUGUGAUCGUGAAGUGAAUAAGUCAGUGAAAGAUGCAAGCUUUUCAUGUGCACUGUUAAAUUGCUCAUUCUAUUCCCCUACCUGAAAACAGCUUUUUUUGAGUACAUCCAUAGCUACAGCAAUUCUUUAAUCCAUUUCUGGCAAGCAGCAGUAUUUAGAGUAUCCCCUUACUGGAAGAGAAUGCUUCUGUAAACUGCUGUUUAACAUUGAGGCGUUUGACUUGCAGCUAAAACAGUUGGUGCAUGCACAUACCUUGCCUCUGCAGUUACUUUGUUCUCUCAGAAGAUCCCCAGAAAGUCAAAGCAACCUUAGCCCUCAUCUAUCUGGUAGCCAGUAAACCAGAUGCAUGGGAAACUCUUUAGCUGCUCUAAUACAUUUGUUUCCAAAGACAGCAUUAUAAACUAUUCAUGAGCAUAUUUUUCUUCCCUGUAGGGCUUGAGUGAACAAUUAAUUGACAUUAACUAGAACUUCUAAUUUGGAGUGAUUAAAUUGAAGAUGUGAAACUUGCCAGAUGUAGCUGUAACUAAGGGGAUUCUAGGCAGAAUUGAACUUAUUCCUAACUUGCUCUUUCUCUUGUAAAGUGUUUUGAAAAAGCCCAUUUAAGUUUCAGGAGGAGGGUUUUCAGAAAAAAAAUGUGUGAACUACUGUCACAAAAGAACACAAGUGGUGGUAGCUGAAAUUUCAAAAUGUUUUGUGCUCUGACUUUUUUUACUUGUCAUGCUUGGAAAAACAGUAAAGGUGAUGUCUAUGACAAAGUAGAAUAUCCUUGGCCUUCCUUUUUCUGAAGGGUAGAUUUAGUAUUGCAUAUGAAUGCACUGAAUGGUGUGGGUAUGUUCUGAUAGACAAAAAAGUAGUAGUAAUGAAAUAAUCUGUGUAAGAAGUGUGCUGUCUUCAAUCUGAUUUUUAUUUUCUCUGAAAUACUAGAGGGCUUUGAUACAGACUGAUCCUGGUGCAUUUUCUCCUUUCCUGCCUUAACUGUAGUGUAGAUACUUUUUCUUAGACCACCAUUGCUGUGUUCUUCUGAUGUGUUUGUGUGCAUGAUGGAGAAAGGUGGUCUGUUCGUGGUAGUGAAGAUCAAGUUUCUUGGCUGUGCAGAGCUUUGGUGUGAACCUAAAAUCUGUGAUUAUAUGUGUCAACAUGUAGCAACACUGUUACCUUUCACAUAUCUAACGACAGUGAGCUCUGACAAAGUUGAAAAUCAGAUCAGUUUGAUCUAACACUGGUAUCUGACAAUCAGCCUUGUAAGUGAUACAGUAUAUGAAGAGUGAAAUUGUCAAGUCUUGACGUUCAAGAAUGGAAUUGCCUCAGAAUAGGAGUUUCAGGUUUUUUGAUUCAAAUUUAGUUUUUUCCAUCUCUGCAAAUAAAACCCUGAACAGCCCAACUUCAACUAGACAUAGUUGAAGCAGUGUGUAGAAUGUAUCUUUCUGCCUGCAGCUAAACAGUUUUUUAGUGUAUUGUGUGGUAGGGGCAUCCCAUUUGACUUCUGUCAAUUACAAAACUAAUGAAGGCAUGUUGAUACUAGCUCUUAAGUCUCUUAUGGAAUUAAAACUAUUACUACUGAAAACUUAGGUGGGGAUAAAGAAGUCUACAAUUUUGUAAUACUAAAAAGGUUCUGGUUGCUAUUAGUGAAAUAUUUAUAAAAUAAAUUCUCAAGUUACUUUUCUUACUUAAGCUACAACAUAAAUAUUCACUGGAAACCUUCCUGUCUAAGCUGUGGUUUGGUUGGAUUUGAUUUAUGAGACUUAAAACCUGUGUUUGCAGGGUAUCAUUGUAUAACUGGAUGAAAGUAUAGCUUUGUGAAGUCAGGGAAGCUGGUUGAAGAUUAGACAGAAGUUGAAAACAUGAAUUGUUUAGACUAAUUUACAUAAGACUUCAACUAUUCAUUGUUAGCAGACAAAAUACAACAGUUCCAGGAAAAAGCAUCUUUGUCAAAGAUACCAAGAACGUUCUUUGCACUUGAUAUACAGAAAAGCACAAAUAGCUUGGUUUGCUAUAUUUGAGCAGGAUCUUACUCAAGUAACCUGGUAACUAGUAUGUGAGUUGUUUUUCAAGAGUCUUGAAUCUUGCAUUUGAUCUGGAUUGCCUGGUUUGUGCAUCUAAAGGAGAACUGUUUUCUUGUUGCUGAUUUCUGCGGCUGUAAACAAGUAAGCUAUUUUUCAUUCUUCUGAGAAGUGAAAGAGAAGAGGCUGCCUGUCUUUAGGAAGUACCUCUGUUGUGGGGCAGAUAGCCAGACGCCCACUACAGCACUGUAAAUCAACACUGAGCACACUUCCUCAGGGUGUAUCUUGACAGAGAUUACUCACAUACAUACUAAAAUAAAAUGUAACUUUGUACAAUACCUUUCUAAAACAACUUUUAAGUGCUUGCUCACAGUCUUGAUGCUGCUACUAUGAAUACAUGAGCUGCCUAUGAAACUUUAUCACUUGCUGAAAUAAAAUCCAACAAGCCAAAGUCCAACAGCUUUAAUGCAGCAGUAUGUAUCUCUGCUGAGUGUUAUUUAUGGGCACUGUAUACUGCACUUAGACUUUACUUCAGAAGCUAUAAAAGAUGGGAUAGACUGAUUCAGACAAGGACACACAAAUUCAGAUGUAUCAUAUUUGGACAUGACUGUAACUAGCUGCAAAGACUGGGAGAGAUGGCUUUAUCUGGCUAGCAGUGAUCUUGCACAUGAUUCCAAAAUGGGGGUAUCCAAUGGCCAGAUUAACUGUAUGAGAUGGUCUUUUGAAGCAGUCAAGUAAUUGAGUGUUACCUUGAUUAUAUUACAUGCUUUCCUUCAGUGUUCACACAUUUUGUGGACAGGUAUUUUUGCAUUCUACCACAUAGAAAACUGCCUACAGUUCUUAAAGAACUUAGUGAUUAAAUUUCUACUUUGGUUUCCAAACAAGAUGAAAAAGGCUUUGCAAAAAGGUAUGAAUUAUGGAAAGUGGUUAGAUCUCAAAUGGAGUUCUCAAAAAAAUGUUGGAUGCUGUCAGAAUGAAAAAUGUAAAAAUGGAGGUCAGGAAUCUCCAUAAGCUGAAAGCAGUUAAGUGAUAUGAAUAGUAGAGUAUGGGAAUAAGAGUUGGAGCCAGCCACAUCCCAUUUUUCUGCUUUUAGUGGAAUGAAAAGGAGAAGUAGGAAAAAAAAGGAAUGUUGGAAAAACUGAGGUUGGUGGUGGCAGGCUGCUGAGUAAGAUGCCGAGUUAACCUUUUCUUUGAGUUGCUAGAGAGUCUCAGGAAUGGCAAUAUCGUACUCAGGACUUCUGAUAGCACUUCUUGGGUUGUUCCUGCUUCUGUGAAAUACUGUUUUUCCUUCAUUAAAGAGCAUGCAACUAACUUUGAGCAGGCUUUCAGGCACAAUACUAACCUGCUUAAAACUUUUUAAAUUAGAAUAUGCUCAUUUAUUAACUAUUUACAUUUCACUGACUUUGUUAAUCUUAGUCUGCAUCAUAUCCUAGGAGUUUUUCUUGAGAAGUUGGGAAGUAAGUCAUGCCAUGAGGAUAACUUUUACUGCAGUUGUGUCAAGGAGUUGCAGAUGAUGACCAAGGUCCUUUGCACUACUUGCUGUGCAAGCUCAACAAGGUCCCCAAACUAGCUCACUAGCUCUUAACAGUGCUGGGCACUUGCUUCUGCUAUUCUUUGGAGGAUUCUGCUCAACAUCAGGUUUUUCCUUCCAUACAGGCAGGCCUGUACAUCUCAAUGAUGUAGCUGUCUAAUAAAUGUAGGCUUUUUCUAUCAAAUAACAAUGUAUACUCUUUGCUCCUGCAUUUUUUGGAGCUGUCAUUGGCCCCUGUAUUGAGCAGAAUGAGAUGGAUAUGAUUUUGAGAGUUGUGGAGAAUAUGGAAUGUUUCUUGUCCUGAGAUGGCUUGAAAAGUGAGAGUCCAUGAAAAAUUCAACAUUAUGACAAAGUAUUAUUCUGCCCAAGAUAACAGAAAAUAGUUUGGCUCAGAUAAAUUUUUGCUGUAAUAUGAUCAAAAUGAUAAAUUGCUCUACUUCUAAAGUGAAAACUUAUUUCAAGCUGAUCUGUCUAGUCUUAAUUUUUUUUUAAGACUUAAGUUUACUUAACUUGGCCAAAGCCUUAAAUUGAGUGCCAUGUUAUACAGCCGUAAACUAAACUUUGAUUGUUGGGAGGAACAGCAUACUUGUUCAUAUUCCACUGGCCAGUUUAGAUCUAAGAUUGUGUUUAUUCAAUACCAGGAUGUUAAAAGAUAGAUUAAAACUAUUUUUCAGUCUAUUUCCACUGCUUUAUGCAUUCAGGUAAGUAACAUGGAUGUGAUGCAGCUGCAGGGUCACUGUGAAAAGAGGACUUCUCUUUCUUUUCCUGCUUCUUGGCUGCAUUGAUCUGUGUUGCUAAAUUCCUCCUACAGGAAACAGUGCUGUGCAAGAAGGGAAGUGCACGUUUGCUCCUUGCUUCUCUAGCUCCUGUAGACAGUGAUAGGCACUACAGCAGUAAUACCCAGUUCCUCUCAGUUCGAUAACCCUUUUUUUCCCUAAGUGGAGCUUUUCUUACGUCUUGACAAAUAUUUCUUUUUGUGUAUCUAGUCUCACCGAUCCCUUCAAAGGAUUUUAAUACUUUAUUGUAGGUUACCCAAAAGAUGUUUAAUUUGAAAGCAUGACAAGGAAGGAUAAUAAGUAGCAAUUUUGCAGCCGUCUUCCCUAACAAUUGGCCAUAUCCCAUCUCUAAAACAAUGAAGAGAGAAUAUUCAAAGUUUAAUGGUGAGUCCUUGCUAGCUCUGUAUCUGACUCCUGAUUCUUGGAUAUUAGAAGUGACUUAUGAGAAAUCUCAGUUGAGAGGAUUUGAGAGAGCAAGGACUACUUCCCCAUCAGAUGCAAAUAGUUGAUACCCUGUGACAGAUCCAAACUCAUGGUUUUUUUGAACUGUUGAAACUGUUAAAUUGCAGGCCCUUCUUCAAGUUAACCAUCACUCCAUUCUGAAAAGUCAACAAAUUUGGGACUUGCAGUGGAAGAGAACAAGUAUUUUCUUUUUCAGAACAGGAAAGUUUAAACUGACUAAUCAGGCUUUUUUUAGUAAAAAGAGAAAAACCAUUUUGAUACCUAAAUCUUUAAGUGCUGUCAGUGCUAUUUGAUCAUACAGGCAUUAUAAUCAUUGUCUUACUAGAUUUUUCUCAUCAGAUAAGCUCAUUAAGCUUAUCAGUCAUACUCAAAUAGAAAGAAAACAUUAGCAGGGCAAAUCCAAUGCUGAAAAAGAUGCAGCAUUUUUAAAGUUGAGUAAGUUAACAUUGUCAAAUGUUAUAAGAAUAAUCUAUUUGGCAUUUGUGGACAAAAGAAAUUUUGUAAAAACAUACUAAAAAUAUCUUGCAGAGGCUCUAUGAAUGCUAACUUUCCCAGUGCAUUUUUGCAGCUGGAGUUCUUAAAUACAUCUUCAUAUAUUUUAUAUACCAGUGCAUUUACAGGAAGAUAGUCCUGUGAUAAAUUAAUGCCAAAUGGUCAAUUAACUAUAAAAACAAGGAUUCUUUUGUCAUGACUGCUGCUUGAUCAAUCCUCAUAUUAAAAGUGAAAAUGCAUGGAAAUGGAUCAAUAGGGGGAAAAAAGUGUACUGAAAAUCAAUGUAGAAAGAAAAUAUUGUCACUUCUUACAUUUACAGAAUGUUACAGAAUUUGAAACUUGAUGACAGUGUAUAAUAAAGUGGAACUGAAAGUUACUGAAA